AUGGCUGUGAUUUCCACGGCCAACGCAAUACCACAUCAACCUCAAAAGAGAACUACGCACUUUGAAAAAUGUAAUUUUAUUGACCCUCUACCAACCCUACUCAACGUUAAACUUAAUCCUGAUCCAGUAGUCUCCGGAAAAAACGAUACUUUUAAUGUUUCUGGAACUUUAGAUACAGAUAUCACAGAAAUAACCGGACUUCUUAUUCAGUAUGUCGAUCCUGAAACUAAAAAAACCGUAGGCGAUCAAUAUGUUGGAAGCAUUUGUACUGGAACUGACUGUCCAAUAAAAGCUAAAACUCCUUUUAAUAAACUUGCUACGUUUCUGGCACCACCAACCUUACCUAAUCCAUAUCAAAUUCUAGUUGCUGUUAUAGAAUCAGACGGCAAAAUUCUAGAAAAUGAACCAGAGCCGCUUCUAGGUUGCGCAAUGGCAACAGUUGCAUAG